AUGCUCCGCAACCUGAGGCCCCUGCUCGCCAAGGCGCCCGUCGCCAGGCAGCGCGUGCCCCCCUUCGCCGUCCGCUCGUUCGCCUCCGAGGUCCAGCAGCCGCGAAAGUCCACCCCCGCGACGCACACUACUUCCGUCGAGGACCUGCACAACCUCUCCCCCGAGGAGGUCCUCAAGGAGCAUGAGGGCAAGGAGGGCAACAUGCGUCACUUCACCGUCAACUUCGGUCCCCAGCACCCCGCCGCGCACGGAGUGCUGCGUCUCAUCCUCGAGCUGAACGGAGAGGAGAUUCUCCGUGCCGACCCCCACGUCGGUCUGCUCCACCGUGGUACCGAGAAGCUCAUCGAGUACAAGAACUACACCCAGGCUCUCCCCUACUUCGACCGUCUCGACUACGUUUCCAUGAUGACGAACGAGCUCUCGUACACCCUCGCCGUCGAGAAGCUGCUCAACAUUGAGGUCCCCGAGCGUGCCAAGUGGAUCCGUACCCUCAUGGGAGAGAUCACCCGUAUCCUGAACCACCUCAUGGCCGUCCUCACCCACGCCAUGGACGUUGGUGCGCUUACCCCCUUCCUUUGGGGUUUCGAGGAGCGUGAGAAGCUCAUGGAGUUCUACGAGCGUGUCUCGGGUGCCCGUAUGCACGCCGCCUACGUUCGUCCCGGUGGUGUCGCGUUCGACCUCCCCCACGGCCUGCUCGACGACAUCUUCAAGUGGUCGACUCAGUUCGGUUCGCGCGUUGACGAGAUCGAGGAGGUCAUCACCGGAAACCGUAUCUGGAAGGAGCGUACCAUUGGCAUUGGAAAGGUGACUGCUCAGGAGGCGCUCGACUACUCGUUCACCGGUGUCAUGCUCCGUGGAUCCGGUAUCCCGUGGGACAUCCGUAAGGUUGCCCCCUACGACGCGUACGACAAGGUCGAGUUCAACGUCCCCGUCGGCAAGAACGGUGACUGCUACGACCGUUACCUCUGCCGUGUGCAGGAGUUCCGCGAGUCGCUCAACAUCAUCAACCAGUGUCUGAACAAGAUGCCCGCCGGCGCGUACAAGACGGACGACAACAAGAUUGUCCCCCCUCCCCGUGCCAGCAUGAAGGAGUCGAUGGAGGCCCUCAUCCACCACUUCAAGCUCUUCUCCGAGGGCUACUCGGUUCCCCCUGGAGAGACGUACACGGCCAUCGAGGCGCCCAAGGGUGAGAUGGGUGUCUACCUCGUCUCUGACGGAUCAAACCGCCCUUACAAGUGCAAGAUCCGCGCCCCCGGAUUCGCCCACCUUGCCGGCGCCGACUUUAUGAUGCGCCACGCCUACCUCCCCGACGCCGUCGCCAUCAUCGGAACCAUGGACCUUGUGUUCGGUGAGGUCGACAGGUAA